CUCGUUUCAGUGAAGUAGCACAGUAGACUGUCACUGCACGGAAUACAUAGCUAGACUUUUCUGUUAUUCAUAACUUUCUGGAAAUGACAUUUAUACGUUAAGCUUGAAGACUAAAUCCAACCCAAAAUGACGGUGGACUUUGAAGAAUGUGUGAAAGAUUCACCCCGGUUCAGGGCAAACAUUGAUGAAGUGGAGACGGAGGUGGUAGAGAUUGAAGCUAAACUAGACAAGCUGGUGAAGCUAUGCAGUGGGAUGAUCGAGGCAGGGAAGGCGUAUGUCAGCGCCAACAAACUCUUUGUGAAUGGAAUCCGGGACCUGUCCCAACAAUGCAAGAAGGAUGAGAUGAUCUCGGAGUGCCUGGAGAAGUGUGGGGAGAGCCUCCAGGAAAUAGUCAACUACCACAUGAUUCUGUUCGAUCAAGCCCAGAGAUCUGUGAAGCAGCAGCUGCACAACUUUGUGAAAGAGGAUGUCCGUAAAUUCAAGGAGACCAAGAAGCAAUUUGACCGCAUGCGUGAAGACAUGGAGAUAGCCCAGGUGAAGAACGCCCAGGCUCCCAGGAACAAGCCCCACGAGGUGGAGGAGGCCACCGGAACACUCAGUAUCACCAGGAAGUGCUUCAGACACCUGGCCCUCGACUACGUACUUCAGAUCAACGUCCUUCAAGCCAAGAAGAAGUUUGAGAUCCUAGAUGCUAUGCUGUCCUUCAUGCAUGCCCAGUACUCCCUCUUUCAGCAGGGCUACAACCUGCUGGAUGAGAUUGACCCCUACAUGAAGAAGCUGGCUGCUGAGUUGGAUCAGUUGGUGAUUGACUCGGCCAUGGAGAAGAGGGAUAUGGAACACAAGCACGCCACCAUACAGCAGAGGACCCUCAUGCAGGACUUCUCGUAUGACGACUCGAAGGCAGAGUUGUUCAACGUGGACGCGCCCAAUGGCGUGGUGAUGGAGGGGUACCUGUUUAAGAGAGCCAGCAAUGCCUUUAAGACGUGGAACAGGCGGUGGUUCUCCAUCCAGAACAGUCAGCUGGUCUAUCAGAAGAAGCUGAAGGAUUCCUUGACGGUGGUGGUGGAGGACCUCAGGCUGUGCUCUGUCAAGCCCUGUGAGGACAUUGAGAGGCGGUUCUGCUUUGAGGUUGUCUCCCCCAACAAGAGCUGUAUGCUGCAGGCGGAGUCAGAGAAGCUUCGGCUUGCCUGGAUCCAAGCAGUGCAGGCCAGCAUUGCCUCAGCAUACAGGGAGAGCCCAGACUACCACUACAUCGAGUGUCUGGAUAGGACAGCCUCACCUUCCGUCAGCAGUAUCGACUCGGCCAGCGAGCCUCGGGAACGCAGUGUCAGGGGGGAGACCAUCCUGCAUCGUAUACAGUGUCUCCCGGGCAAUGAGUAUUGCUGUGACUGUGGCCAGGCCGACCCGCACUGGGCCUCCAUCAACCUGGGCAUCCUGCUCUGCAUCGAGUGCUCCGGCAUCCACAGGAGUUUGGGGGUUCACUGCUCCAAGGUGCGCUCUCUAAUGUUGGACUCAUGGGAACCUGAGUUACUAAAGCUGAUGUGCGAGCUGGGAAACAGUGUCAUCAACCACAUCUAUGAGGGAGCAUGUGAGGCACAGGGCCUGAAGAAACCAGGGCCCUCAAGUUCCAGGCAGGAGAAGGAGGCGUGGAUCAGAUCAAAGUAUGUGGAGAAGAAGUUCCUGAAGAAGUUGGGGGCCACCGAGGUGCUUGUGAACGGCGGGCGGAAGACGGAGCACCGGUGGAGUGUGAAGAAGUGGCAGAGACACAACAGCGCCACCACAGUGCCUAAGACCCGACGGAAAUACCGCCAGGAGCCGGGAGGCGCCUCCCCUGCCACCCUCUCCUCAGCUGCUUCAGCUCUAGAGAGAAAGUUCCGACGAGAGUCACUGUUUUGUCCAGACGAACUGGACAAUCUCUUCUCGUACUUCGACACAGGAUCUGGACCUCGUAGUUUGAGCAGUGACAGUGGCCUGGGCGGCAGUACAGACGGCAGCACAGAUAUCCUGGUGUUCGGCUCAGUGGUGGACAGUGUUACAGAGGAGGAGUGUGAGGUGUCAGAGGACUCUAGCGGAGAGGCUGAGAUGGAGCCAGAGACCGAGACCCAGUCGGACCCAGAGGAUGAGCGUGAGCUCCACCCUGGAGCGCUGCUCUACAAGGCCUCCCAGGCACGCAACCUGCCCGUCAUGGCUGAGGCGCUGGCCCACGGGGCUGACGUCAACUCCGUCAACGACGAGGAUGAUCGCAAGAGCCCACUCAUACAGGCUGUGUUUGGGGGCUCCUUGAUAGCCUGCGAGUUCCUGCUCCAGAAUGCAGCUGACGUCAACCAAAGAGACGCAAGAGGGAGGGGGCCACUACACCACGCCACAUAUCUGGGACACACAGGGCAGGUGUGUUUGUUCCUGAAGAGAGGAGCCACGCAGAACGACGGGGAUGAGGAUGGACAUGACCCUCUGAGUAUCGCUGUGCAGGCAGCCAAUGCAGACAUCGUCACCUUGUUGCGACUGGCCAAGAUGAAUGAGGAGAUGCGGGAGUCAGAGGGACCGUUCGGCCAGCCAGGUCAAUACCCCACCAGCAGCUCCACAGAACAGCAAUAUAAGAAAUGCAUACAAGAGUUUAUCUGUCUCCACAUAGCUGAUUGCUAGAAGUCAAUCACAAUACUUAGUCCUGGUCCAAUGAAUCAAGCUUUCCCUUCAGAUGAUGGUUGGAUGGGAAGCCAAUAGUAUACCAGGACUGUGGCAGCCCUGUGUGGAAUCUUGUACAGGAAUAAACAUUGUCCAAAACACACCUUUCUUUGUCAAGAUUCCCCACAGGCUGCGGUCUGUGUUCUAGCCAAUACUCUGGCUAACUAACGUUUUUCAAACGAGGCGGCACCAGAAUAUACCAACUACAAUUCCCUCAGGCUCAUCAACGUAUAGGAUGUCAGUAUUAUUAACUCUGUCAUGAUGUCAAACUGUACGGUUGACUUCAUGGCAAAAUUUGCUCAGAGUUAGUUCAUUUGGCACAAAUGGUUAGGGACCAAGUUUUUAAUAUGACUUCAUAAGUUCAUUUAAAUCAUCUUUACUAUACCAUCUGUAUCCUACUUAUACCCAUGUCAAGCCAAGUUAAUUCAGCUGCUCUAUAUUUAUUUGGAGAGGUGUUUGCUUGUGGUCUUCAAGGUAGGGUGGUGCGCUCCUAACCAAAGACCAGAUCCGGCCAAUAUGUUGCACAUUACAGUGCAUUCGGAAAGUAUUCAAGUAUUUUUUCCCCCUCAUCAGUCGACACACAAUACCCCAUAAUGACCAAGAAAAAGCAGUUUUAAAAAAAUUCUUUGCAAACGUAUAAAAAAUUAAUGGAAAUAUCACAUUUACAUAAAUAUUCAGAACUUUUACUGAGUACUUUGUUGAAGCACCUUCGGCAGCGAUUACAGCCUACAGUCUUAUUGGG